UAUGACAUUGUGAAUAAUUAGUAUUACAAAAUGCUUCUCUUUUUUCUUGACCUUGACCACACCCAAGAUUUAGCUGCUAACAGUGGACCACUGGAACACAUAUUUAUUUGAUUUGGGACCUAAUCUUCCCCAAGAAGAAGAAAAUGUUGUUUAUUUGUGUAUGGAUGCUUUUUCUCAAUGUACUACUUGUUGAUGGAAAAGAUGAACUGGAAAAGGUGACUGGACAAUGCUAUGGGACAGGAAACUCAUUUGUUUCCUUAUAUUGUGGCUAUGGGCUAAUGAUAAACAUCAAGCGUGCUUUUCAUGGUGCACAUAAAGGCAGCAUUGGGCUUUGUACGGCCAUGUUAGAUGACUGCACUGAAGAAAAUGCAGAGGCAUAUGACUGGUCCCUGUGUAUGGGACUACAGUACUGUGUUCAACCAGUGAAGAAAAGUUAUCUUGAAAGCUGUAAAAAAGACAGUCAGUACCUGCAGGUGGAAUAUGAAUGUGUUUCAGUGGGAGAUGUUCUAGAUAUCUGUAACACUAAGAAACAAAUCCGUUACGAGGGUUACAUCAGUAGUCCUAGCUACCCAUCUGCCUACAAGGCUCGUGUUGACUGCAAGUGCCAUCUAGUGGCCGUUGGAGGGAUGCUGUAUUUGACAUUUGCUGACCUGGCCCUGGAAGACACCUCCAAGGAGUGUAAAGACUGGGUGCUAGUCCAGAACCAAACGAAAGAAGAAGUGUUCUGCAGCCAACAGCUACCAAGUGCUGCAAAAGUGGAAGUGCAGCACUUUACCGAUGUUUAUUUCAGUAGCAAUGCCAAUGAUGUCAAGAGGAUUAAAGUCACCAAUGACAAAACUAAAGAACUGAAAGGAUUCUGGAUGCAUAUGAAAGGCAGCCAAGCUGACACCAAGAUCACUGUGACAUGCAGUCCCACUUCUCACAUUGAACCCAAGUCAGUGAAAAAGAAAAUAUAUGUGAAAACUGAAGAUAGAGAAUUUAAAGUGCCAAGUCAAAUGAGAACAACCAAAAAAGAAAAUUUGCAGGAGAACUUCAAAGAUAAAAAGGGAAAAACUGCUCAAAUGAACAACACCGAACCAAAUAUACUCAAAUCAGAACCAAAGAAAAAGAAAGGAUCAAAGAUUCGAGCUACAAAUAAGACACUGUCAGGUACCACAACUGUGACAGCUUUGCUUUCUAAUCAUGGCAUCACAUUCAAGGUCCAGCUUACAAACUAUUUGAUAAUGAUUGCUGUUUUCGUCAAGUUCACUUUUUCUUGCUUGUGAAAAAGUAAACAAUUUAAUAUACCACCUGAAAAUGUCUAUGAAACUUUGAUCAUGUCUGACAUUUGUGAAGCCAGUAUUUGUCAUUGUAGAAUAUACAGCAGAAACACAAUAGAUUAAAAAAAUUUACUGGCAUCCUCAACAACUUGCCAUUGCUUUGUGUACCAUGUGUACCAUCACUGUAGUGUUUUCUAAAGUAAAAAAAAAAAAACUUGUGUUUUUAGAAACACUGUUCUUUUCACUUGGCUUAUUGCUGAGUGAAAGGUAUCAAGCAUUCUUUGCUAAACAAAUUUUUCUUUGUUAAACAAAGUGAUGGUCAUUAAUUCGAUAAUUCAAAAUUUGUUGCCUGUCUUCAAUGCAUAAGCAUAGGUCAUCUAAAAUUGAAAAAAGGAAUAAAUGGCAACAAAAUAUUGUUAACGUCUGUUUAAGUUAAGCCUCUGAUUAUGUUGGAUUUGCUCUGAAUCCAGAAACAAAAGGAUGCCAAUUACAGGAAAUAAAAUUUCACUACCUUAAAAAGCAAUUAUUAUAUUUAGAAUAUCAAUGCUCAGUAACAUCCUAUUGAAUACAUUUAAAGCACUUUUAUUCCAAACUUGGGAAAUAUGAAACUUAUAAUAUAAUCGGGUUCUUGAAUCUGCUUUUUACUGUUCCAGUGUUCAUCAGGUUUUACUGAUCAUCACAUUUGCAUAUAUAUAAUUAUAAGACAAUGUCUGUGACAGUAGUAUUCCUUACAAGUUGCCAUAAAAAAUGUAUGGCUUUUAUUUUCCAUUUAUCAAAAAAUGCGACAGCUAUUCCAUUUACUCUCUGUUUCAAAUGCUAGCAAAAUAACAAGGCAUGUCAGAAAAUAAUGGUCAGCCAGAAAGUCAUUUGUAAAGAUAUGUCAUAAAUGAACAUUUUCAUCUGAAUUUUUGGAUAACGGCUUUCAAAUCAUUUCUUCCUUCAACUAUAUUUUUAACACCAGCAACAGGCACAUCCACAGCUGAUGUGAUAAUUUUCUAAAGUAAUUUGCAUGUAAUGUUCGAGGAAGAGACAUCUUUGGAAUCAAUAGCAGCCGUUCUUUUGCAAGACCACACCCUGCGGCAGCAUGUAUUAUGGCACCAUAUGCUUUCUCUAUAAUUCCUCAGAUUUUUUGUUGGUGUCACGCACUUAUGAAAUCGCUGCACCUGAACGGUACAUUGGGUAAUCAAAAAAGCUGAAAAAAUUGCACACAUUUGUGCAUUUGGUUUUUGGGGAAGACAAUGAUGACCACAACGGAUUACAGUGUUACAAUCAUUCUCUGUUUCCUGCUUUGCUUUGGGAAAGUCCACUGUUAUGAUGGUAGACUGGAAGAACGGGAUGUGCAGAUGGCAGAGAAGUCUAAUGAAAAUCAUAUUUUGAAGACUGUCAGUCAGUGUUUCCACGUCAGGGGCAAUCCAUUUGUGACACUGUAUUGUGGGUCUAAUCACAUGAUCAAAAUCAACAGAGCAUUCCAUGGCAUGCACCACCAGAACAUCAGCCGUUGUAACUUCU